GCCGGCUUCCCGUGCUGCGAAAAAACCAAGAAAAUGAAGACGAGUGGCCGCUGGCUGAGAUCCUCAGUGUUAAAGAGCUGCCUGGGAGAAAGCUGUAUUAUGUGCACUAUAUUGACUUCAAUAAGCGUCUGGACGAGUGGGUGACCCCUGACCGUCUGGACAUGAAGAAGCUGCAGUUUCCCAAAAAGGAGGCCAAGACACCGCCGAAGAACGGCCUGCCGGGGUCCCGACCCGGGUCCCCUGAGAGAGACGUGAGGAAGAGUCUAGAUCUCAGCGUUCAGUCUGCUUCAGCUCCUUCGAGAGGCAAAACCCUCCCCACACCGAAGAGGAAAGCGGAGACGGUGUCUCUGGCCUCACAGGUGAGCGCAGUGACUCCAGUGUCUUCUCUCCCGAGCUCUGCGGAGGAGAGCCAGGCCUCGGUGUUUCCGGCGCUCAGAGACUCGUCCUUCAGCAUCACGCCUCGAGAGGAGCACCAGCCGCUCGCCGCUCUCACCACAAAUGGCAGCACACGUCGUCUCAUUCCUCCUCAGCCGGGAAGAAAAAGGAAAACCUGUGGAGGGACGGACGAGAUGGUAAAGGUGUUCCAGAAUAACAGCCCUCGCUGCUCCAGCAUCUAUUUGCCGCCAGGAGAGGACUCCCAGGACAGCUCCGAUGGCAUCCCAUCAGCCCCUCGCAUGACCGGCAGCCUGGUGUCGGACCGCAGUCACGAUGACAUCGUCACACGCAUGAAGAACAUCGACUGCAUCGAGCUGGGCCGGCACCGGCUGAAGCCCUGGUACUUCUCUCCGUACCCGCAGGAGCUCACCGGCCUCCCCAUCCUCUACCUGUGUGAAUACUGCCUCAAGUACCUCAAGAGCCUCAAGUGUCUGCAGAGGCACCUGACCAAGUGCAACCUCCGACACCCGCCAGGAAAUGAGAUCUAUCGUAAAGGAACUAUAUCCUUCUUUGAGAUCGACGGCAGGAAGAACAAGGCAUAUUCCCAGAACUUGUGUUUAUUGGCCAAAUGCUUCCUGGACCACAAGACCCUGUACUAUGACACGGAUCCGUUCCUCUUCUACGUAAUGACGGAGUAUGACUCGAAGGGUUUCCACAUAGUCGGCUACUUCUCCAAGGAAAAGGAGUCAACAGAAGACUAUAACGUGGCCUGCAUUUUGACUUUACCGCCUUACCAGAGAAGAGGCUACGGCAAACUACUGAUCGAGUUUAGUUAUGAGCUGUCGAAAGUGGAGGGGAAGACGGGCACUCCAGAGAAGCCUCUGUCUGAUCUGGGUCUGCUCUCGUAUCGCUCGUACUGGACUCAGACCAUUCUGGAGAUCCUCAUGAACCUCAAGCCAGACAACGGGGAGCGCCCACAGAUCACCAUCAAUGAAAUCAGUGAGAUCACCAGUGUCAAGAAAGAGGAUGUGAUCUCAACUCUUCAGUACCUCAACCUCAUCAAUUAUUACAAGGGUCAGUAUAUCCUCACCUUAUCAGAGGACAUCGUGGAGGGUCAUGAGCGGGCCAUGCAGAAGAGACACCUCCGUAUCGACCCUAAAUGUUUGCAUUUCACUCCUAAAGACUGGAGCAAGAGGGGCAAGUGGUGAA